AAAGGACCUGAAGAAUAGGAAAGACCUGCUGAGAAAUACAAGCCAAAUAACAAGAUCACCAGACAAAGGGAGAGGGGACCUGAGAGUGACCGAGAGAGGAAGAGAAAGCGAGGUGGCGUGAGAAAGGGAUAAAAGAGACUACGCCAAUGGAUGAGCAGAGAGAAAUGAAAGUGAAGAACCGGACGAUGGUCCGGACGAUGAUCAUCACCAUUACUGUCUUUAUUGUCCUGGGAUUCAUCUUGAUGGUGACCAUUGGAGUGGUACAAAACAAACCACUACAGCAGAAAUAUAAGUAUGGUAUUGUUUUGGACGCUGGAUCCUCUCAUACAUCUGUCUAUAUCUAUGAGUGGCCCGCAGAAAAGGAAAACAACACAGGCAUGGUUCAGCAGAAGCAUGCCUGCAAUGUCAAAGGCAAGGGCAUUUCCAGCUACUCAGAUAAACCAACUUUGGCUGGUGCGUCCCUGAAGGAGUGCAUGGAUGAAGCCUGUGAGGCCAUCCCUGUCCAUAGGCACUCUGAGACUCCUAUAUACUUGGGAGCCACAGCAGGCAUGAGACUACUCAAGUUGGGGAAUAAAAGUGCAUCAGAAGAAGUAUUGAAGUCUGUGGGACAGUUCCUUCAGACAUACCCAUUUUCCUACCAAGGAGCUCGCAUUAUCACUGGCCAAGAGGAGGGAGCCUUUGGCUGGAUCACUGUCAAUUACCUGAGUAAUAACUUCGGAAAGGCUUCAACAACUUUUGGAGCUCUUGAUCUAGGGGGUGCUUCUACUCAGAUCACCUUUGUUACUGCGAAAGUGGAGUCUCAAGAUAACACCAUUGAUUUUCGGCUUUAUGGAAAUGAUUACCAUCUAUACACCCACAGUUUCCUCUGCUAUGGAAAAGACCAAGUUCUAAAGAUGUCUUUGUCAAAGAGCAUAAAUUCAAAACAUGGACAGACAGAUAUAAUUGCUCUGGAGGACCCUUGCUUCCAUGAAGGCUACAAUGUCACCAUGACCUUCCAGAGUGUUUUUAACAGCCCCUGUGUAGGAAGGCUGAAUUUGACCCAGAACACCUUCACCCAUGUGGGCCUUGGGAAGUGGAGUGAAUGUCAUACAGUGGUCAGGAAAGUCUUUCAGAAGAGUGAGUGUAAAUAUUCAACAUGCUCCUUCAAUGGUGUCUUCCAGCCACCGGUGCAUGGGAACUUUGGGGCAUUUUCUGCUUUUUAUUUUGUGAUGGACUUUUUGAAUCUGACCGCUGGCUCCUUAGACAAGGCUCAAUCAAAGCUACAAGAAUACUGUGCCCUUCCCUGGAAUACUAUAAAGAAAAUGUAUCCUCACGUGAAGGAAAAGUAUCUUGCAGAAUAUUGCUUCUCAGGUACCUACAUCUUGACGCUGCUGGAAGAUGGCUACAACUUCACUUCUGACAACUGGAAUUACAUCCGUUUCAUCAAGAAGAUCGGUGAAAGCGAUGCUGGCUGGACGUUGGGUUACAUGCUGAACCUGACAAACAUGAUCCCUGCAGAAGCUCCAGACAAACCUCUUCUGCCUUAUGGAGGCUACGUCACAUUCAUGCUCCUCCUCUCUUUUCUAAUUCUGUCCCUUUGUUUACUUGCCUACAAAUGCUUCUGUCGUCCCACUGGCUCAGGUCAGAGAGAUGUUAUUUAGAUCUUAACAGGCAAUAGCAUUCUGUUACUGUUUCUGAUAGUCACAGGGAGCGUCUGUUACUGAAGAAGGAAACCUACAGGACUGACGACCACUUCGGAGUUUCAACCUCUGUGAUUUAAUAAGCAGUUCACACAGAGUUGUGCAUUUCAGAAAUAGAGACUUCAUACCUCAUUUCAAGAAAACAAAAGCUGAAGAUGGGUAUGUUUGAAUCCAGUUUGAAUCCAGUGAAAUGGAGGAACACUGGAAAACACAAUGCGUACUCACACAACAGAACUGAUGUAUAUUCAUUAUUUUAUGAUGAACUGUCUCCAAAAACUCAGGAGUAAAUAUAGUAGCUGAAAUUGGGAGAAAAAUGUAGGCUCAUAUAUAUGGGGAAACAUUCCUCAACAACAUUCUCUCUCUCUCUCUUUCUCUCUCUCUCUCUCUCUCUCGCUCUCUCUCUCA